UGAGACCUCAUAGUAAUGUUUGUGAAUACGGGCGUUAAUUUAAACUUUUCGCUCCCAGGUCGUCAUUCAGCGAGUUCUCAUCGAAACACGGGCGCGACGACCGCUUCAAAGCCAUCGAGAAGCCGCGCGACCGGACGACCUACUUCAACGAGUACAUCGCCGAGCUGCGCAAGAAAGAGAAGGAGGAUAAGGAGAGGAAGAGAGAGCAGCGCGACCACAAGACACGCUCAGCCCGCGUUAACAGCACAUGAGUCGGAAUCGCAAUCGGAACGCCGGGGCGGCGCCGGCCGGCGGCGUGGCGCGCGCUCCGAUGGAACUGCUACGGUCAAGGUGGACUUCAUAGCGCUCCUCAAGGAGAAGGCGGUGGACCGCCACGCGCGGUACCCCGAGGUCAAGAAGAAGAUUGACAGCGACGCCCGGUAUAAGGCGGUGGAGAGCAGCUCCGUUAGAGAAGACUACUUCAGGGAGUAUUGCAAGCUGGUGAAGGAAGAGAGGAAGAAAGAGAAAGAUGGGAAGGAGAAGGCGGAGCGAGCCGACCGCAGCAGCAAGAAAGAUAAGAAAGACAAGGACCGCGACAAGGACAAGGAUAAGGAGCGAGCGAGCGACAAGGACGGCAAGAAAAAGAAGGAGAAGGCGGAGGUAAGUGAUUCACACUAAAUGAGGGCUAUCGUU